AUGUCUUUCAGAUCUUCACCUAUUGACUAUUCGACAGCCAAUUUACGUGGCAAAUUUCUUCAAAUUGUUAUCCUGCUGGGGAUUUCUUUGCUGUUAUUCUACUGGUAUUUUCUAGGUGAGAGAAAAUAUUGGGAUAACUACAAAGUCACAGGGGUUGCUGACGAUGGAGACAUAAAGGCGAGAAAAAGCAUGGCAUUUUACAAUUUUAAGCUUACAGCAUUCACUAAGACGCUCAAUGCAAGCCCAAAUAUAUCAAACAUACCAACUGCUUCGGGAAAAGAAACCGAAGAGGAGCUGAAAUCUGAUUCGUCCCGAAGUUGUCCGAAGAUGUCACUCCAGCCAACAGGUGAUGCCAAAUAUGGGCUAUGUACACCCCACGAGCCGAGCGAAUCUUCGUGUGAACUUGCCAAAAAAAUGUACUUCAUUCGUCCUGAAUUAUCAACGUGUAAAAAGGGAAAAAUUACCAGUAUUUGCACAAUGAAAGUAAGUGGAACAAGCGAGGGAAAUGUAAUACAUUUUAAAUGCAACGAAGCACUUUGCCAACAAGGAAAAAACGAUUCGCUUAAAGUUUAUGGUGUUAACCCCGAAACAGGGUUAACAAACAUUGUAAAUACAUUCACCACGGUAAGAGAUCUCGAAAAAGGACUACCAGCUAUUGCUGUAAAAAACAGACAAAACAAGUUCAACUUUGUCUUUAUUGAAUGCACAAAUCACCAUGGAAGGAAGGUUUCUCAACUAAUUCCAUUCGACCCACGUUUCAUUAUGGAAGAAACCAAUAAGACUAGAAAUGAACAAGUAAUUAACGUAAACAUUUUAUUGAUCGAUUCUCUUUCCAGAGCUCAUUUUUACCGCUCUUUACCCAGAACUAUUUCCACAUUCAAAUAUUGGCGCCAAAAUCCCGCCCCUUUUCCCGCCAAAGUUUUCGACUUCGAGUUGUUCCAGGCCGUGCACGGCCACACUGCUGUCAAUAUGCACGCGUUUUACACUGGAGAGUUGUUUCCUGAUGAAAUGAAAGAUAAAACUCCUCCACUUAACAUAUCGGCGCUGUUUGGGCAUUACAAGAGGUCUGGAUUCCAAACAGUCUGGCAGGAAGACUUGUGUUGGAAAGGGAUCUGGGGACUAAUGACUGAUCUUGGCGUGGGAAACUGGAAGAGACUUCAGGAGAAGAUGAAAUCAACAUAUAUUGAUCAUACAGGUACAGACACUUAUCCAAUGUACUUAUCCGCUAGGUAGUAGUUUAUCUAGUGCUAUCCAGCGUUUCAACAACCGAGGCCAGAACCGGAAGUGAAAAAUGAUGCAACCCUUAACUUACUUUUGCUCGUCAUAUGAAAAUAGUUGUUAGAAUAUCUGCGCUCUACUUACUUUCUCUCGAAAAGAAACCGAAGCUAGAUUGUAAAAGGGAUUUUAGCAAUGAGUUUUAUACCUCAGCCGGCUUGUAGCAAACUGGACAGUCACGACUUCGAUUACCCCAGCGGCCUUAAAUACAACAGUUCAUUGUCUCAUGCACUUUAUACUGUCGAGGGUCUGGAGCUCAAGCCUAUAACUAAUACUAUAUGUGUUUGAUGGUUCUUAGGCCUCACGCAUUCGAGUUGCAAGAUUCUAAAUUCUAUGGGGAUCGAUAGUCCCUUCAACGGACCACCGGGUGACCAAAUCUGCUUCAACGGACAAUUCCAACACAGCUACUUCCUUCGUUAUAUUGCGGAUACCCUUAAUGCCAUAAGAUCAACACGAAAGGCUAAGCCGAUCCUCAUGUAUACGGCUCUUAACGUAGCUCACGACCAAAGAAGCGUGCGCACGCAAACAUUGGAUGGUACCCUACAAAACUAUGUCAGUAGCGUUGCCAAGGACGAAAGUACGUUGUCAAUCAUUCUUGCAGAUCAUGGGAACACGUAUACACGGUACGCAUCGGAGUUUCUUGAAGGACGCUUUGAAAUGUUUCAUCCAAGCCUAUUUUUUAUCGUCCCGGACAAAGUAGCUUCUCUUUUAGGGGAAGACGUCAUGUCCGCACUAAAAGUAAACCAGCGAAGGCUCGUUACAAUAAUCGACUUACACCGUUCUCUAACGUCUUUAGCCACGCCCCUUCGUGGUGUUAGACCAGAGGGUGUGUUCACUCCCUUUUCGGAGAAUCGCACUUGCGAUGACUUGGAACUUAGGACUCCUAAUUUGUGCGUUUGCGAGGGCUGGGAUAUCCCCGCAGAUAACGACACGUCGCGAAUCCCAGUGGCUGAGUUUGCAAUUGGGGAGCUUAACAACCGUUUGCAGAAACAGUACCACGCAUUGUCGUCUGUUCAAAAUGGCUCCAAGGCGAUUAAACCAUCCUGCCAACGAUUACAGCCGUUAUGGUUUGAAAAUGUUCGCGUAAGAAACUCCAAAAUUGAUCAGUCACUGAUAACCUCCAUGGAUAUACGUGUGAAGGCAGGAGACGUUGUUCCUCAGGAACAGGAUAUCUUUCAUGUUGAAGUACAGACGAAGGAAAUAUCUCCGAGAAGUUCCUUAGACAUGAGGCUGUUAAAUUAUGACCGACAUACGUUGUUUGGGAAAUACCAAAUCUGCGCGGAUAGCGGUGUGGAGUUAAAAUUAUGUGUUUGCUCACACAACGCGUCUAGUAGCGGUUUGGUUCCUCACUCCCUUGAAAGAUGGAAACAUUUUGGUCAACGUUCUGUUGUUAAAAACAUAAGUAAUAGACCGUGUUUGUGGCUGGUCGAAAGACGUUAUUCUAAAGGGAAGGCAUAUGAAGUAGCCAAUUUGUGUCCAAAUCAACCAUUUCGAGUGAAAAUUGACGCGGAAACAUCAAACAAGAAGCUUUCUCGCCAGCUUCCCGUCACGUUAGAUGUCCAACCUGGACAAGUCCUCUUUGUAUUCUACAUGGCAGCUAGAAUCUCAGCCACAGCAACGAUUGAAAAUGACACAGUCUCAGAAACCGAAGUUAGAGACCCGAUAAAAUGA